GCGUGUUUUAGUCUGGGCCGGCCUCCGGGCCGUCCGUCCCCACUGGUCGGGCCAUGCCGAGUCGCCGCGUAGCUAGACCGUCCGCUACGCCGGAGCUGGGGGCCUUGGGGUCCCCGGACCUCUCCUCGCUCUCGCUGGCCGUUUCCAGGACCACGGAUGAAUUGGAGAUCAUCGAUGAGUACAUCAAGGAGAACGGCUUCGGCCUGGAGGUGGCACCGCCGGGCCCGGGAGAGGGGCUGACGCGCCUGGUGUCUCGCGGGACGGCCUCCCUGAGCACCGUCACCCUGGGUCCCGCCGCGCCCCCCGCCACGCCGCCGCCCUGGGGCUGCGCCCUGGGCCGGCUCGGGCCGCCGGCGCCGGGCGCCGGGCCGCGGCCGCACCUGGUCAUCAUCGAGCAGCCCAAGCAGCGCGGGAUGCGCUUCCGCUACGAGUGCGAGGGCCGCUCGGCCGGCAGCAUCCUCGGGGAGAGCAGCACGGAGGCCAGCAAGACGCUGCCCGCCAUCGAGCUCCGGGACUGUGGAGGGCUGCGGGAGGUGGAGGUGACCGCAUGCCUGGUGUGGAAGGACUGGCCUCACCGAGUGCACCCCCACAGCCUCGUGGGGAAAGACUGCACCGACGGCGUCUGCAGGGUGCGGCUCCGGCCUCACGUCAGCCCCCGGCACAGCUUUAACAACCUGGGCAUCCAGUGUGUGAGGAAGAAGGAGAUCGAGGCCGCCAUAGAGCGGAAGAUCCAGCUGGGAAUCGACCCCUACAAUGCUGGGUCCCUGAAGAACCACCAGGAGGUGGACAUGAACGUUGUGAGGAUCUGCUUCCAGGCCUCUUACAGGGACCAGCAGGGACAGGUGCGCCAGAUGGACCCAGUGCUCUCUGAGCCCGUCUAUGACAAGAAGUCCACAAACACAUCCGAGCUGCGGAUCUGCCGAAUUAACAAGGAGAGCGGGCCGUGCACAGGCGGCGAGGAGCUGUACCUGUUGUGUGACAAGGUGCAGAAAGAGGAUAUAUCAGUGGUGUUCAGCAGAGCCUCCUGGGAAGGCCGGGCUGACUUCUCCCAGGCCGACGUGCACCGCCAGAUUGCCAUUGUGUUCAAGACACCGCCCUACGAGGACCUGGAGAUCGUUGAACCUGUGACAGUCAAUGUCUUCCUGCAGCGGCUCACGGAUGGGGUCUGCAGUGAGCCUCUGCCCUUCACGUACCUGCCUCGUGACCACGACAGCUAUGGCGUGGACAAGAAGCGGAAACGGGGGAUGCCUGAUGUCCUUGGGGAGCUAAACAGCUCUGACCCUCACGGCAUCGAGAGCAAGCGGCGGAGGAAAAAGCCAGUCUUCUUGGACCACUUCCUGCCCAGUCACGGCUCAGGCCCAUUCCUCCCACCAUCGGCCCUGUUGCCAGACACAGAAUUCUUCCCCAGCACCGUGUCCCUCCCUGGCCUGGAGCCCCCUGGCGGGCCGGACCUCCUGGAUGAUGGCUUUCCCUAUGACACCACGACCCCCACGCUCUUCACCAUGCUGGACAUGUUGCCCCCAGCACCACCACUUGCCAGUGCUGUCACGGGCAAUGGUGUUGCAGGGCCCACGGUCGGGGAGCCACCUGGCCCUGAGCCAAUGACAAUGGACUCAUACCAGGCUCCAGUCCCCGGGGACGGGGGGACUGCCAGCCUCGUGGGCAGCAACAUGUUCCCCAACCAGUACCGUGAGGCAAGCUUUGGGGGUGGCCUCCUGUCCCCAGGGCCUGAGGCCACGUAGCUCCCUCAGUGCCAGAAGAGAGGCACUGGGUGGGGAGGGAGGCGGAAGGAGCCAUGUGAACCCAGCCAGGAUGGGCAGUACCCCCAUCCCCUUGGGCCACCCUUGGUUAGGUCUCCCCACCUCCUCAUCCUUCUGAAUCGGACAUCUUCUGUGCUGGCAAGGUCUGCAGAGCCAGUUUCCCCUGAGCCCAUUUUACAAAUGAGAAAACUGAGUCCAGAGAGGAAAAGGGUUUUCUCUCCUAUGCACUCAGUCCCCACAACUGGGGACACCUUCUCCUGGACGAGUCUGAAAAGUGUAUAUAUGGGAGGAGGGUGCAGAUCCCCAGCCCUCCUUCCCCAUGAAGAUAGGGGGUAGGAUGUUCCCAAUAAAGUUUUGAGUU